AUGUCGCACUGCCCUGCAAGAAGAGCUCGUAGACGCCAUCUACACAUGCUCUCACAUAUCUUCAUCGUCGCCGUCGCCUUGGGCGGCACCUGGGCCCAGCGACAAGAAACCUGCGACGAUGGACUCUAUGCCACCUGCCAGAGCAACCUAAACACCGCCCUCAACAUCAACAUCAACCAGCCAUGGCAUGAACCAUCCCGAUACCGUGAUGCUGUGGAGGCCUUCACCGGCAGCGGCUUCAACGGAACCCGGAAUGUUUGCAAGGCUUUCCGCGAAUUCAAGACUUGCCUUGGCUCAACUACCAUGCUUGUACUGCUGCGGCGCAUUUUAUUCUUGCCAGCGCCGGUGUUGAUGAGGGAUACAUUUUUGCGUCGAUUUUCAACGAGAUGCACUACAAUUGCAGGAGCCGGAUUGCAGAUCGCCGCCCUGAACGAUAAAUGCUUCCAAGAUACCUGGACGAACUAUGGUAGCUCGAUUCGGGCAUGCCGACAAGCCUGGGAAUCACACGUCCGCGUCAACCCCGACGACGCUUGCUUCCAAGGCAACAAUCUGCUAAAAUGCAACGAAGACUACUUCGGAAUGCAGUGCGGAAAGCAGAAUCAGGCGGCCCUUUUCUGGAGUUGCGAGUAUGCUCGCGUUCAAAUGUUCACCCGCUUCCCGCAAUGUUCUCUUUCAUGCUCAAUGCCGAUCGUCGGUGGUAUC